AUGAACAAAACUCACCCCCAGAGAAAUGGUGAUGUAGCUACUUUUGAUUCAACAAAGUCCUUCUCUGAAGAAAGAGGUAUUUGCCACCCCCCCAGCGCCCGUGGGGGCUGCACGUGGAGACGCGCCUGCAUCUCCGCCGCGGUGCUGCUCGUCCUCACUGCCGCCGUGGGCUUGGCCGUGGCGCUGGGACUCCUGUUACGUGCGCCAGUGAACCGCUUCUGUACAGCUUCCAAAAACAGGACAGGUUUCUUGUGUGACGACAGCGUGACGUGCGUCCCUGCCAGCCAGGUCUGUGACAGAAUCAGCGACUGCAGGAAUGGAGAGGACGAGCAGGAGAAACUCUGUGGUGACUUGCCCCGCAGCCUUCCGGGAUACCUGGUUUUCCGCUGCAGUAACCCCGCGUACUGGGUCUAUGCUGAUCGGAGGUGUAACGGGCUGAACGACUGCGGAGACUGCUCUGAUGAGAUGGGGAGCUUGGUGGACUGUCCUCCGUGCGGGUCGGAGUGGUGGAGCUGCAGCCCUGUGUUCUACCAGUACUGCUCCUGCGUCCCCAGGAGGCUGUGCCGGGAUGGCGUCCAGCACUGCCUCAGCUGGUCCGAUGAGUAUAUCUGCAGACCGUGA